UCUGAGAGCCUCUCCUCAGUGAAUACGAGGGAGAUGUCAGGGAAUCCCCAAAACAGACCAGACGUCAGGAGCUGGAAUACACCUGCCCGCGCCCCUGAGGUGCAGCAGAGCCGCUGCCCCGCCUGUUUUCCGCAUCCUCCGCCCUCCUUCCCAGGCUGCCUCGCUCGGGUGACGUCAACGACCCGGUCCCCACCGCCGCCGCAUCCUCGGCGCCUGCGGGAGCCGGUGUCCCGCGCCCCUCGCGCCUGGCCCAGCCAUGGCUCUGGUGGCGCUGCUGCCUCUCCUGCUACUGUUGCUGCAGCCUCCGCCCGCCAUGCUCGCGCCUCCUGCCCGCGACCCCUUCGCCCCGCAGCUUGGGGACACGCAGAGCUGCCAGCUGCGGUGCCGCGAUCGCUACCCUAUUCCGCAACCCUCGCAGGAGGAGCUGGAGCAGGAAGACACCUCUAAGUCCCGGAAUGAAUAUGAUAGGGCCAUCUUCACCAGUGCUUGUGAGCGAGGCUGCCGCCUCUUCUCCAUCUGCCAGUUCGUGGCCAGGAGCUCCAAACCCAAUGCCACACAAGCUGAGUGUGAAGCAGCCUGUGUGGAGGCCUAUGUGAAGGAGGCGGAGCAGCAGGCCUGCAGUGAGGGCUGCUGGAGCCAGAACCCUGAGCUGGAGCCUGAACCAGAGUCUAAGCAGAAGAGAAAGGCUUUGGAAGCUCCAAGCAAGGCUCUUUCGUUCCUGGACUUGUUUUCCACCCUCUGCAAUGACCUUGUCAACUCCGCCCAGGGCUUCGUCUCCUCCACCUGGACAUAUUACCUGCAGACUGACAAUGGGAAAGUGGUGGUGUUCCAGACUCAGCCUGUGGUAGAGAGCCUAGGGCAUGAGGGGUCCCAUCUGCAGCGAGUGGAGGUGACCUGGCGGGGAUCCCAUACUGAGGCCUUGGAGGUGCAUGUAGGUUCCUUGGACAAGGUGAGGAAGGCCAAGAUUCGAGUCAAGACCAGUAGCAAGGCCAAGGUGGAGUCUGAUGAGCUGCAGGACAAUGACUUCCUCAGUUGCAUGUCCCGGCGCUCUGGGCUUCCUCGCUGGAUUCUGGCCUGCUGCCUCUUCCUCUCUGUGCUGGUGAUGCUGUGGCUCAGCUGCUCCACUCUGGUGACUGCUCCUGGCCAGCACCUCAAGUUCCAGCCCCUGACCCUGGAGCAACACAAGGGCUUCAUGGUAGAGCCAGACUGGCCCCUGUACCCUACCCCAUCGCAUGACUUUGGGGACAGUCCCCCACCCUACAAACUGAAGCUGGACCUGACCAAGCUGUAGGCCUUCCUUGGCCUGAGCACUGCCAGGGGCAGGAGCUCCUCCAUCCCCACUGCCCUGCACCCAGGGGUCCAGGCCAGGGUGGGGCCAUCCUUGGACUCCUGUACCCCCAAAUCCUCUCUCCCUGGUCCUAUUCCUCACCCCUCUGGGUCCUAGGGUCACCAUGCCACCACUGGGGGGCAUCUGGCCUUUGUUCCUACCUUAGCCUCCUUUCCCUGGAGCGUGCUACUUUUUGUCUUCUAUUGUGUAGCUUCAUGAGUAUUUAAACCCAAGUUCCAUGCCUCCUUCCUCCUUCUCUGUCUCUAUUCAGGAUGGAGGACAUUUCUGAGGCCUCUGGGGAACCAACCACCUUGUGCUAGGGCUCCCUACUUUCUCCCCACCUUACCUCUAGAGAUCCAGCCCCAGUGGGAGGAGGCCCUCUGGGGAGGAGGCUAUGGGCAGCUCCAUGCUGCAAGGGUGGGUGGCUAAGGCUGGAAUUGCAGCAUGGGGGUUGGGAGGAAUAAACCAUGUACAUAAAAGGUGUCUCAGACCAAG